CCGCCAGUGACUUCACUUACGACUACUACAGUAAGGAGGAAGCAGAAUUUCAGGUUUAGGUUAUUCUAUUCGUCCGUGGCAGGGAGUACACAACUUGCCCAACCUUCAAACUCUCCGGCCGUUGCAGAAUGCCCCUGUAGCAAGAAACCAACAUGUCCUGUGAGGAGAAGACUUGGCAGAUUUCGUCUUCUCCUUUCCUUCCUCCACUUCCUCCCCCACCUGCCUCUCACUUCAUCGGGAAACGUGACGACGUCAUCAGACGGGGCCGUGUGACCAAGCUGGUGAAUGGAUGCCGCGAUGUGCUAGUUGUGUACCACCAGGGAGAGUUCCAUGCCAUGGAUAUGCGCUGUUAUCAUGCAGGUGGUGCUUUAGAACAAGGAGACAUCGAGGAGUUCAAUGGGCGCACGUGCAUCGUCUGUCCAUGGCACAAGUACAGGAUCACUCUGGCGGAAGGCGAGGGGCUGUACCAAGCUGUGGACAACCCCACUGUCAAACCUCUGAGAACUCACUGGCGCUCCAAGGGUGUCAAACAGAGGGUCCACAAAGUCACCGAAGUGAACGAGGACAUAUACGUCACACUGAAUGACUCCAAAGAGGCCAUUGAGUCUGAUUACUACCAAACUGACACAUACAGGACCAAUUUACGCAUCCAAAAAGUCCACUGACAAGAGACUGGGGCAUGUUUUGUAUGUACUGUACGUCUUUUUGCAAUAUUAUAUAACACAUUUGGUUUUGUUCUAGUGGUCAAAUUGUUAUUUAAUGAGUACAGUGGGGAUAUACAAACAUACAGUGGGUCCCCGCUAUUCACAGGGGAUAAGAACUGAGCUGGCCCGCAAAUCGUGAAAUUCCGUGGUGCCCAUUGAAAUCCAUCAAGGGGAUAAAAAUCUUUAUAAAAAGUGAUGAUGAACAUCAAUAUGCAUUUUCCAUGGAAAAAGGUGGAAUCCCUUCCAAGCAAAAACAUGGGAAAUUAAUUAUCAACUAUAUUGUGGGUAAUAAUUCUCCAGUCAGACAUUAAAUGGAUGAACAAGUCAUGAAAUAAUAAAAUAUUUUUAAGAUCCAUCCUU